AUGGCAGCUGAAUAAGGACCGACUAGAAAGGAAUUCACAGAAUUAAAUGCUAGGUUACAGAAAAUUGAGCAUGAAAUGGAUAAAUAAAAAUCAGAAGGAAUGACAAGAGUUGUUGAUUACACUGCAAGUAAAUUCGCUUCAAAUAUAGAUCUUUACUUUCCAAAAUUUGGCAUUCUAAGCGAAUAGUUUGAGGAAUUCAAGGUAAAUUUAGAGGCUGACCUAGCUUCUCUAUAAAUAUCAACGAGUAAUUUAGCUAAUGUGAUGAGCUCCAUGGAGUUGUUUAAAAAAGAUAUAGAGUAUUUUAGGAAAUAAUAUUAGAAAGCGAGCUAAUACGACCUUGACGAAAUAUUUAAUACUCAGUAGCUCAUUAACACCGAAAUGGAAAAUCUUAAAUAUCAGUUUAAGAGCAUAGGCUCUGCUGAUAAGAUUAUGGAGAUAGAGAAUAGACUGACUAAUGACGUUUUAUCUAAGGUAGCUUUUGCAGAAGUUAUGAAAAAUAUCGAAAGUAAAUUUGUAAGCAUGCUAGACUACAGAAAUAUGAUUCAAAAUAUUGACAGAUUACAAAAUUACUUCGAAUAAACCUACAUAUCGAAGGAAGAAUAUGAAGACAGAAAAUAGAUACUGAACAAAGAGCUAGAUCUGAAGUUGCAGGCAAGGUUAAGCGUUAUAGACUUCAAUGACAGUAUGUAGAUUUUUGAGGAGAACUUGGAUGAAAGACUGACUUAAAUAUCUGCAGCAUAGGAGCUACAUAAGAAAUAGUUCUAAAAGAUUAACAAAGACUUCAUCAAUAUGCAACAAGACAUCAAGUAUGUAGAUGAUCAGCUAAAUUUGAAAAUUGACUUAGACGAAGGAAAAAGAAUCUGGAAAAAUUUUACCAAAUACUGCUUGUAUGAAGAUUUAAAAGACUUGUACAAUAAAACAGUUCCAGAAAUACAAAAAUUCGAACAUAAGCUUAUGGAAUUUAACUCAGACUUAGAAAAAUAGCAGAUAAUUAUAAGGAGGUUCGAUGAGAUAUUAACUGAUAAAGCAAGUAAAUAAAAUAUUAAAGAGAUUUAUCAGCAUAUUACCUUGUUCACCGAAUCAACCGACUUUAAUAUGUUUAGAAUACAGAUCAAUGAAAAAUUCUUAGAGAAUAAAAACAAAAUCAAGGAAGUUGAGGACAUGAUUGACAUUUUAGGGAAAAAUGUGUCAAAAGAUAUUUAUGCUGCAGUUAGAAGAGCUACUUAACAUUUAUCUAAGAAUCAGACGAUGGGCUCUAGUCCAAGGUAAAAUGGAAAUGAUGAAUUAGGAUUUAGUGAGGAGGCAAGGAAUAUUUUACAGAAUAAAGUAGACAGGCAAGAAUUUUCAGAUUAACUGAAGAGUAAAAGUAAUAAAAAGGAUACAGAGCUAACUUUAAGAUGGAUUGAGAUCAUUCACAGGUAGAUCAAACAGAUAUCAAUACUGAUCACAGAAAUUUUGAAAUUUGACAUUGAGUAGAUGCAGCCAAAUGUUGCCUAGAUAAAAGACAAUGGAAUAAAGAAUGGGAAAGUGUUCUUAUUCCAUCAAGCGCUCUUAGUAAAUUAGUGGAUGAAUAAGUUUGAUACCUCAAACAUUAAUGAGUACUAUGAAAAUGAUGAUACUUCUAAAGAGCCUCCUAAUAUCCUUGCAUUCUAAAAGUUUGCAUAGGAGUCUCUGAAUGAUGUUGAGAAUCUUCAGCUCUCACCUUUCAAUGAUUAAAUAAACCAAAAUAUUCGAAUUAAAUCUAAAAGCGUUGUCAACCAUUAAUCCUAGUAAGGAUCUCCAAGAACAGCAGGCUUUGGGACUAUCAUCAAUAACAAAAUCAAUUUCAACAUCAAUCCAAUAAUCCAUGAUAGAGGUCAUUCAAAUAGACCCAGGAAGAUUAGUCAAGUAAAUUAGACUUUUAAUUAUGGAUAAGAUGGGCCAAUGGAUGCUACCCCAACUCCUCUGAACUUCACGAAUUCUUCUCAAACUCCUAAAAGAUAUCUAAAAUCCUCAUUGACAAAGAAAAAAAGAAGUGAAUAAGACAACAUCAAUUUCCUUUUAAAUACCAUAAGUAAAGCUCCAAUCUAGACAGGAGGGCCUAGAUAAAGAGUCAAUAAUAUUUCUACUUCAGGUAUGCAUUCUCUGGUAUCAGUUUCGCAUACUCAUGGUGUGAAUAACGAUUUAAUUUCCAUCUCAGGAAGACAGGAAUUCAAGUAAACGAGAUCUAAGAGGGAAAGCGAAGAUUAAAGUUAGCAGUUGUAUAUUAAUAAUAGAAAUGGUGACCUAAGAUCUGACUCGCCUUCAAAGGAAAUACAGGCUAUGAGCUUUCACAUUAAUCCUUUAAAUUUGCCUGGUAUUAAGUGA